CCCGCGCCCGCCUCGCCCCCCCGGCUUCCCACCACGGCCUCUCUCGGCGAGGAAACUCUGGCCUCCGCUUCCUCCUCCUCCGACUCGGACACCGGCGGAGCCUCCCCGCCCCCGCGGAAGAAACCCCGAGCCUCGGCGGCGGAGGGGGCAGGAGAGCCCGGGGCCUCGGCGAGCCGCGCAGGCCUCUCCCCGCCGUCCUCGUCCUCGUCCUCGUCGUCCUCCUCCUCCUCCGUGGUGGUAGUGGUGGGACUCCCCCCGGCCGCCCCUCCCGCCGCCGCCGCCCCCCAGCGGAGUAGCGGCCACAGCCUGGUCAGCGGCAGCAUCAUGCAGGCCAACGGGGCAGGAGGAGGAGGAGGCGGCGGCGGCGGGGGCGGCGGGGGCCCGGGACAGACCCAGGAACUCGCCUGCCUGUCGGCCCAGAACGGGGAGUCGUCCCCGUCGUCGUCGUCGUCCGCGGGGGACCUGGCCCACGCCAAUGGGCUCCUGCCCGCCGCCCCCUCCGCCGCCGGCAACAAUAGCAACAGCCUGAGUGUCAAUAACGGGGUCCCCGGCGGGGCCGUCGCCGCCGCCGCCUCCGCCUCCGCCGCCGCCGCCGCCGCCACCACCGCCGCCGCCGCCGCGGCUCUGGCCACCCCGGACCUGGGCAGCAGCCUCAAGAAGAAGAAGCGGCUGUCCCAGUCGGACGAGGACGUCAUUCGGCUCAUCGGGCAGCACCUGAACGGCCUGGGGCUCAACCAGACUGUUGAUCUCCUCAUGCAAGAGUCAGGAUGUCGUUUAGAACAUCCUUCUGCCACCAAAUUCCGAAAUCAUGUCAUGGAAGGAGACUGGGAUAAGGCAGAAAAUGACCUGAAUGAACUAAAGCCUUUAGUGCAUUCUCCUCAUGCUAUUGUGGUAAGAGGCGCACUUGAAAUCUCUCAAACGUUGUUGGGAAUAAUUGUGAGGAUGAAGUUCUUGCUGCUGCAGCAGAAGUACCUGGAAUACCUGGAGGAUGGCAAGGUCCUGGAGGCCCUUCAAGUUCUACGCUGUGAAUUGACGCCACUGAAAUACAAUACAGAGCGCAUUCAUGUUCUUAGUGGGUAUCUGAUGUGUAGCCAUGCAGAAGACCUGCGUGCAAAAGCAGAAUGGGAAGGCAAAGGAACAGCUUCCCGAUCGAAACUGUUGGACAAACUUCAAACGUAUUUACCACCAUCAGUGAUGCUUCCCCCACGGCGUUUACAGACUCUCCUGCGGCAGGCGGUGGAACUACAGAGGGAUCGGUGCCUAUAUCACAAUACCAAACUUGAUAAUAAUCUAGAUUCUGUGUCUCUGCUUAUAGAUCAUGUUUGUAGCAGGAGGCAGUUCCCAUGUUAUACUCAGCAGAUCCUUACGGAGCAUUGUAAUGAAGUGUGGUUCUGUAAAUUCUCUAACGAUGGCACUAAACUAGCAACAGGAUCAAAAGAUACAACAGUUAUCAUAUGGCAAGUUGAUCCGGACACACACCUGUUAAAACUGCUUAAAACAUUAGAAGGACAUGCUUACGGCGUUUCUUACAUUGCAUGGAGUCCAGAUGACAACUAUCUUGUUGCUUGUGGCCCAGAUGACUGCUCUGAGCUUUGGCUUUGGAAUGUACAAACGGGAGAGCUAAGGACAAAAAUGAGCCAAUCACAUGAAGACAGUUUAACAAGUGUGGCUUGGAAUCCAGAUGGGAAACGCUUUGUCACUGGAGGUCAGCGUGGGCAGUUCUAUCAGUGUGAUUUAGAUGGCAAUCUCCUUGACUCCUGGGAAGGUGUGAGAGUGCAAUGCCUUUGGUGCUUGAGUGACGGGAAGACUGUUCUGGCAUCAGAUACACACCAGCGAAUUCGAGGAUAUAACUUCGAGGACCUUACAGAUAGGAACAUAGUACAAGAAGAUCAUCCCAUUAUGUCUUUUACUAUUUCAAAGAAUGGCCGAUUAGCUUUGUUAAAUGUAGCAACUCAGGGAGUUCAUUUAUGGGACUUGCAAGACAGAGUUUUAGUAAGAAAGUAUCAAGGUGUUACACAAGGGUUUUAUACAAUUCAUUCAUGUUUUGGAGGCCAUAAUGAAGACUUCAUCGCUAGUGGCAGUGAAGAUCACAAGGUUUACAUCUGGCACAAACGUAGUGAACUGCCCAUUGCGGAGCUGACAGGGCACACACGUACAGUCAACUGUGUGAGCUGGAACCCACAGAUCCCAUCCAUGAUGGCCAGCGCCUCAGACGAUGGCACCGUUAGAAUAUGGGGACCAGCGCCUUUUCUAGACCACCAGAAUAUUGAAGAGGAAUGCAGUAGCAUGGAUAGUUGAUGGCGAAUUUGGAGCAGACGACUUCUGUUUAACUUAAAUUAGUCGUAUUUUAAUGGCUUGGGAUUUGGUGCAAACAAACAUGAUUGAUAGCUGGACAGACAUGCUCGUCAUGAAAAAAAGAACCAUUUCUGAAGCCCGAUUGGGGCCAAACAUUUACACCUUGCUUCAUAGUAACCAGUGAGAUGAAGCGCGUCGUUAGAACGUUGUUGGACACCAUGUUGAAUUCUCCCCCAUCGGUUGUGAAGAACUGUGCUACAUUCAGGCUUACCCAUUGAACUCAGUAUAUAUAUUUUCCCCCCCUGCCUUUUGUCUGGGGGGAUACCAUUCUUGUUGCUCUUCUGUGUAAUGAAGUUUAAAAUGCUUGUUUGGAAACUUUAUUUAACAGUUUAGAAGGCUUGAUAGAAAGAGUGCAUUAGUCUUGAAGAGUAUACAUUGGAUAGGAAAGAAUUUCCUCCUUUUGUUUCUCCAAAUCUUUCCGCCUUAUUUAGCUUGAGAUCUUUGCAGCUUGGUUCAUGGAUUCUAGCCUUGCCCGUUGCACAGUAUAUACAGAUCCAGAUGAUAAACCAGUGAACUAUGUCAAAAGCACUCUCAAUACUACAUUUGACAAAAAGUUUUGUACUUUUCACAUAGCUUGUUACCCCGUAAAAGGGUUAACAGCACAAUUUUUUUAAAAAUAAAUUAAGAAGUAUUUAUAGGAUCAAAGUGACUUCCUUUGUAUACAUUUGGAAUCUAAACCAGCUUAAAAACAGUUUCCUCUGACUCAGAUGCGCAGUGCAACUGACGCUCUUCUGGAAUGCCACCUGAGACAUGGUCAGAAGCAGUGUGGGAAGGACGUUACACAGGACAUUCAGAGUAAUAAUGCGAAGGUUUGCCCCUUUUGUUUUAUUCCUGAAGUAACAUCAGUACCUGAUCUUGAAGAAAUUCAAGAUUUAAAAAGAAUGUUAAAUACAAUCAACAUGAGAGAUCAGCAGUCAGCUUAGGCUUUUGGCAAAGCUUGUUCCCAGUUGUUCUCAGCUUGGGAAAUGUUUGGUGUGAUCUAGCAAGAGAGCAGACGCCAGCAGAUAAUAACCACUUUGGAAGUUUCUAGUAUAACUGCUCGUUAGAAGAAUUCAGCGGGUUACAAACAUAUUUAACCUGGGUUUAAAACCUCAUAGUCAUUUCUCUUAAUUGCCCUUAAUAUUUUGACAUGUAGGGAUACAUACAUUUAAAGAAUCUUCCUUGUGAGUUUUUCAGAUAUUGCCAUACUGAACCUCAUUCUAAACUGGUGCUGUGGGUAGUCUUUCCCUCUCCCCUCCCCUUUUAGUGUAAGGAAAGGUUUCCUUCAUGGAAAAGCACUUUUAAUUUUGAGAAUUUCACAUUUCAAAUAAGCCAAAAGCCUGGUGUUCACAUUGUGCUUUUAAGUUCGUAACAGCUGAAUGCAACAUCCUUAGACUCCUUUGAAAUUCCCUCCCUUUUUCAGUAGAAGAUAAAUACAGUGACCACAGCUGUUACAUUGGGAAGAGGAGUGGGAAUGCAUGCCCCCAAAAUAAGAUUCUGGUGAAGAAAAUCUUGAACUAAGUUCCCCAUUUGGCCCAGCCAAGUCUAUAUUAUUACCAUGAGUAGACUCGAGGAUCCACGAAGAAGGGAAAAACUUGGAUGUCAGAAAUUCUUCCAUUGGGGCUGAGGGGUUGGGGAUGGCAGCAGAGAGACGGGAAAGUCGGGGAAGGGGAGAAGAAAGAAAAACACAAUUGGCCUUAAAAUAGCACGGAUUCUCCCAAAAGCUCUCCUAGUCAGAGAAAAUGACAAAUCGUGGUCAGCAGAUUAUUUUAUCAAAUUGGUAUGUAAAAGAUUUCUUUAAGCUCCAUUUUGCAGAGAUCAUUACUUAGAAUCAAGAAUUCCUGUUUUGAUACUUCUAAGUUAAGAUACUAUAUGUUACAGUUUAUCUGGUACUUCAUUUUUCUUAACUACAAUUACUUUUUACUUUAAGCUUGAAUAAAAAAUCUUCAUUGGUAACUGUA